AUGGCGGAGGUGGGGAGCCUCAACGGCGAGGCCGGCGGCUGGUACUUGUCCGCCCAGGAGCUGGAGGACGGAGCCGCGCUGCUCUCGCCGCUGCCGGGCCCGCCGAGGAGAUACUCACCUGGCGCUUCUUUUGGCUUCUCAGUAUUUAACUUAAUGAACGCCAUCAUGGGCAGCGGGAUCCUUGGAUUGGCAUAUGCUAUGGCCAAGACAGGAAUCAUCGGGUUUAGUGUGUUGCUGCUGCUUGUCGCCAUUCUUGCAUCUUACUCCAUAUUCCUGUUGCUUACUAUGUGCAUUCACACUGGUAAGUGAAAGCAGCUUAAACUGCUAAAGUAUAGAUUUCCAAACAU